AUGGCGGAACUGGACAUCGCGCCAAACUUUGGCGCAGAACUCAAGGAUGGCUUCAAGCCCGUCAAUGCCUGGGUCGCGAACGGCAUUGCGUGGCUCGGCGAUAUAGAACAGUUCUACCGUGAACGCAGCGCGAUAGAGAAAGAGUACUCACAGAAGUUGAACGCGCUGGCCAAGAAAUACUUCGAGAAGAAGGCGCGCAAGACUAGCUUGCUCAGUGUGGGCGAGAACCCUACUGUUACCCCCGGCUCUCUGGAGUGCGCUUCCAUGACCACAUGGCAACAGCAGCUUGCUACACUGGAAAACAGAGCAAACGAACACGAACAAUUCUCCACGCAACUCAUCACGAACCUCGCCGAGCCCCUAAAGAUUGCCGCUGGUCGCUACGAAGAGCUACGGAAAUUGCACACCGACUAUGCCACCAAACUCGAGAAGGAGCGAGACUCUACGUAUAGUGACCUGAAGAAGCAGAAGGGCAAGUACGACAAUGUCUGUCAGGAGGUAGAAAACCGUCGUAAGAAGACGGACACCGCUUUCGACCAUGGCAAGCAGAAGGCGCGCGCUGCAUUUGAGCAGCAACAGAUGGAGAUGAGAAAUAUAAAGAGUACAUACAUCAUAAACAUCAAUGUAACAAAUAAGCAAAAGGAAAGAUACUACCACGAGUAUGUUCCCGAGCUUCUAGAUAGCUUGCAGGAUUUGUCUGAGACCCGAGUUGCCAAGUUGAACACGAUAUGGUCCCUCGCAGCACAAAUCGAAACGUCCACGCUUGCCCGCAGCACAGAAUUCCUCAACCACCUGGCUUCCGAGAUCCCUAGAAACAACCCUGUGUUGGACUCCAUGAUGUUUGUCAGACACAAUGUUUCUGAGUGGCAAGACCCGCCGGACUUUGCCUUUGAGCCAAGCCCAGUUUGGCUUGACGAUGACGCAAUUCCGACGGACGAGACAGCAAAGACGUUCCUUAGGAACGUUCUGACGAAGAGCAAGGGCCAGCUGGGUGAUUACAACCGCGAGCUGGACAAGAAGAGACGAGAGGUUGAGAAUGCUAGGAAGACGCGUCAGCUGAUCAAGGAGGGCAAAGACAAGAGGGAUGAGGUCGAAUGCGUUCGAGCAAUCUUCCAUCUGCAGGAGCAAAUGCAUGAAUCGGAGCGGAGCAAGGUCACUGCUGAAGUGGAGAUUUCGACCGUCAUGUCUGCUGUAGGCGACGUAAGCAUCGGCGCACGGCAACACAACUUCAAGGCCCAAACGUUCAAGAUCCCUACGAACUGCGAUCUCUGCGGGGAGCGAAUUUGGGGCCUAUCAGCCAAGGGCUUUGACUGCCAGGACUGCGGCUACACGUGUCACAGCAAAUGUCAAAUGAAGGUGCCCGCCGACUGUCCCGGCGAGAAGUCUAAAGAAGAGAAAAAGAAGUUAAAGGCUCAGCGACAAGAGGAGGCACAUGCCGCUCAUGCCAAUCUUGGUACAGGAGACUCUUCGUCGGAUAUGCCCCAUCUGGGCCGUAGCGACACUGUUAAUUCAAUGAAUACGCUGAGCUCUGGGUACUCCGCCAGCCCAGCUCAACGGAAGAUGUCCGUCGCGUCUGACGCUGAAGCAGAAAAACCAGAGCGAAGUGGGACGAUCAAGAGCGCGCUUGGCGGUAUGCGUAAGAGCCGCGCCAUGGCACCGCCGCCGACGCAGUACGUCAAGCCUGAGGCUGCACCCGACAGCAGCAACGGCGACGGUCACAGGGCCAAUGAGCCUAGAGGCAGGAUGCUCUACCCAUACCAAGCCAAUGGUGAAGGCGAGAUAUCCAUUGACGAAGGUAAAGAUGUCGCCAUUGUCGAGCCAGAUGAUGGUUCCGGCUGGAUAACAGUGCGCGCCGGCGCGCUCGAAGGUCUUGUGCCGGCCAGCUACGUGGAAAGUUUGCCGAUGAGUCCGGUGCGCCCCGCAUCAACGUAUUCGAACUCGACAGCAUCACUGGCAGAGAGCAUCGCCGGGACGAUGAAGAAGAAGGGACCGGCGGUGGCACCCAAGCGCGGCGCCAAGAAGCUGAAGUAUGCUGAGGCCAUGUACGACUACGAGGCGCGCAGCGAUGCCGAGCACAGCAUGAUUGAGGGCGAGCGCUUCGUGCUGAUCAAUCCGGAUGCGGGCGAUGGAUGGGCGGAUGUUGAAAAGGGAGGAAUCGUGAAGAGUGUCCCGGCGAACUAUAUCCAAGAGAUUUGA